AUGGCACAGGGAAGCCCGGCAACUGUAGCUGCCUGCGCGUUCUGCGGCGCGCGACGGACACGCUCGGGCAUGGUUCUGAGCACUAGCGCUGCGGAUGGUUAUCUAGAUGACGAGGCGCAGUUUGAAACCGCGCUGCGUCUCCUGCCGGCCGCGGACCAGGCCGCCGUGCGCAGGCGGCGGGCCGGCCGCGCAGUCGUGCUAGCGAGUAGGCUGCUACGCACGCUCGGCUGCGCCGUGCACACCGGAUGCGCGCCGGCCCUGCUGGCGUUCGACUACUCGCGCGCGGGUAAGCCCUACCUGCGCUCGCGGCCUGCACCGGCCUUCAGCGUGUCCCGCAGCGACUGCAUAGCUGUCAUCUACGUGCGCGAGGGCGGCGCGGUGGGCGCGGACCUCGCGUCUGUCGCGGAGUGCCUGAGCUGGGCGCCGGACGAGAUCCUGCAGCUGCACGAUGUAUUUAGCGCGGCAGAGCUUGGGCGACUGCGCGCGGCGGCGCCUGGCCGCGCGCGCGCAGAGCUCUUCGCGUACUACUGGUCGCUCAAGGAGGCCUAUGGCAAGUUCCGGGGGACUGGGCUCGCUGGCGACCUGCGGUUAGCUGACAUGGGCGAGCUCGACCCGCUGCGGCGGGGCGAGCUGCGCACGCUGCGCAGGACGCUGCAGGGCAAGCACGUGUGCUUGAGCUCCCGGUGGCAUGAUGCAGGGCAUGUGCUCUCGCUCUGCGAGGCGCGGGAGCCAUCGCCCACAGAGGAGAUAUGCUUGCACAAGGUGCCUAUGGAGGAGGUUGUGCGACUCUGCCGGCCAUCGCUUGGCAUGGAAAAAUGCCAUGUACGCUGA